GCCGAUUAGCCGGCUGCGGCACGUCGUUUGGAUCUCGAAGGUCGUCGUUUGGAUCUCAUCGCGGGUCGUCGCCGCGACGCCGGAGAUACGAGUAAUUGCAGGUUCGACCGAGUUGAUCUCUCGCCCAGUGCGGAGCUUCGGCGACUCCUGACAUGUCGACGGCGAACGUUGCGGAUGGCGAGCAUCCGGGCUUGCAUCAGGGCAAUGGCUCGGCACGCGAUCACGUGCCGCUCAACGAACCGGAGAACGGCGACAAAAAGCCCUUUACCCGAAGCUCGCACACACUUUUGGAGAACGGACGGACGAUGUCUAUGUCGGUCGAUAGCUCGACGAAGGCCGCGGAGGCCGAUGCUACUAGGCGUUUGAGCGUCGAGCCCCCGGAUGGCGGUUUGAGAGCAUGGUCCAUUAUGGUUGGGAGUUUUCUGAUUAAUGGCGUGUUAUUCAGCAUCAUAAACACGUAUUCACUUAUUUACUUGGAGUUGCAGAAAAGACUGAAGGAGAGUGGUGAGACCGAAGUAUCAUCUAAAGCCGCGCUUGUGGGUUCGUUAACGAUUGGUACUACGUUUUUCUUAUCCCCGGUUGCUGGCAUCCUGACGGAUAAAAUUGGUAUUCAACUAACAACAUUUUUAGGCGGUGCCCUAGCAGUUGGUGGCAUGUAUUUAUCAUCUUUACUAGUAAAUCAGGUGGAGUAUUUAUGUUUAACGUACGGUGUAAUGUACGGACUUGGAGCGAGCCUCGCGUACACUCCGAGUUUAGUGAUACUAGGACACUAUUUCAAGCGUCAUCUGGGCCUGGUGAAUGGUAUUGUGACGAUGGGCAGCUCCGUCUUUACGAUACUGCUGCCUUACGCCAUGGAGCUUAUGCUUGACAAAUUUGGCCUUGAGGGCACCUUCAAGAGUCUCGCUGUACUUACCACUAUCGUAAUGCUUUGCGCCAUACUCUUCAAGCCGGUUCCACUUUACCCUCCGUAUGAUGAGCAAAUAAAAUUGCGCAAAAAAACUUUCUUGAGAAUGCUUAAAGAGGCCAUAAAAGUAUCGAUUUGGAAGAAAAAGAAGUAUGUAGUUUGGGCUGGAGCAAUUCCUAUUGCACUUUUUGGAUAUUUCGUACCUUACGUACAUAUAGGAAAAUUUGUUGAGACAUCUUUCCAAGGUGUCGAUAAAAAAUUGCCUGUAAUGUGUAUUGGUAUUACUUCUGGUAUUGGGCGCCUUAUAUUCGGAUAUAUUGCUGAUUUACCGAAAGUAAAUAGAAUUCUUCUUCAACAGAUUUCAUUCAUAAGUAUAGGCAUCUUGACAAUGUUGCUUUCCUCAACAAAAUCGUUUUCGGUACUACUUGUUAUUUCACUGUGUAUGGGCCUCUUCGACGGAUGUUUCAUUUCACUUCUUGGGCCUAUCGCCUUUGAUAUUUGCGGUCAAAAAGACGCUGCCCAGGCAAUUGGAUUUUUACUUGGAUUGUGUUCGAUACCUUUGACUGCUGGCCCGCCGAUUGCUGGUCUCAUUUACGAUCAUAUAGGAUCGUAUCACCUGCCGUUCCUGCUCGCUGGUAUACCACCAAUAGUCGGUGCCUUGGCGAUGUUCUUCGUGUAUCGUAUAAAGGACGAGCCGGUUGGCAGAUGCGAUGAUGAACUAGGCAUGGCCGAAGAAUCCUUAACCGAUUCCAAGCGACAGAAUGGGAUUUGCUGCGCGCCGGCGGCGCCGAGUAACCUGACUGCAAUCGGCGAUCGUAGCUCAUGCGGGGAUUUGCCCUAUAGCAAUUGUUACGUUCGGAGCGACGAGUGCUCGCCAUUGCUGAGAAAUUACCGGAGGACGAUGGUGGUGCCGGCGAGGACACGUAAUUCCGACGAACUGAUCUGAUCGGACGAGAUAAACGAACUAUUUGAUCACGCAUACGUGCCACGUGGACAUUGCCGUUGUCGUUUGCCCCUUAUGAUCGAGUGACUGCACGAGUUGUCCUUACCUUCUCUUGUUGUUUCUCUUUUUUUUCUGUUUUUGUUUUUGUUUGUUUUAACCAUUGUCAACGCAAUGCGGAGAUGCAUCAAUGGGUGUGCGAAUUUUAGUUUUGUUUAAAGUUUGCGAGUUGCGAGACGCGUUUGAUAGCUGGUGAUCGGAUUUGUUGCUAAGGGUGAUAAUCCUUGCCGUUUACAACGAAUGUUUUUGCGAAUGCGAUUACCAUAAGUAACGUGUCGUAAUGAUAAACCGAUUAAAAAAAUUAUCGAUGUUUAUUGCCAGUUUAGCCAAUUAUUCGCACGAAUUCAAUAAGUUUUCACUCGAGUAUUGAAUUUGAAAAAGAAUUUGAUAGUAGGAUGGACAGAUUCAAAUUAAUUAUCAAAAAAAAAAAAACCAUUUGAAAUUAUAAUAUACAAUCAUACUCGAUGUUCCUUACAUAACUUCACUAUUUAGUUUUGUACAAAUAGUCUGUAAC